AUGGAAAAAUUGCCAUUACAAACUUUGCAAAUUUAUAAAAAGAUUGAAAGAGUUCCAGCUGAUAUGCAGAUUAAAAAAAUUGCAAUUGAGUUAGAAAAUAUAAGAAAAAAAUUUCCAAUGCCAUUAAAAGAAAAAAGUUCAAAUGAUGGGGAUAGAGGUGCAAAUGAAAUUUAUUUCGAUCCACCGAGAGUUCGAAACAUAAAUUUGCAAAAUUUGAUGAUUAGAUUGGAGAGUGAGUUGACGUUUUGGGUUGCUGACUAUAGACAAUUAAUGGAUGAAAUCCGAGAACUUGAUCGUAUUCUUCCGAAAACAGAACAUGAACUUCAAGAGUCAGAUGAUAAGGCACAGGAAAAUGUAGAAAAGAUUAUAAAAAUCGAGAACAUAAAAGACGAUUUGUUAGAAGAAUUUAAGAAAAUUUGUAUUUCAUUCGAAGAAAAUGAAACCACAUCAAGAAGAAAAAUUAAGAAACUUGAAACAGAGCUGGCAAUCUCUCAAGCAAGAAUUGAUUGUUUAGAGUAUGAAUUAGCUAAAGAAAAGAAACUUAAUAAAAAGAUUAUGAACGUUUGA